AGCGCACUAGCUCUCUCAGGAGCCUGGCGAAUGGAUGGUUGGCUGUUCACGUGAUUUCUACCGUCCAAUCAUGUUUUCGAGGUCCUGAGGCAGUUCCCUUUCUCCGUCUCGCUGCCCUGCGGAAUGGCGGCUUCCAGGGGGCGGCGGUUGCUUUGGUGUGGUCGCUGCUGGCUCUCGCAGUCGGAGUCCUCCGCGGCCCCGGUGCCCCCGGACUCGCUCUACCCGCCCAUCGUGGCCUCCGCCACGGCGAAGCGCAAAGCGGCCAAGCGGAGGCGCGCUGACGCCCCCGCCUGCGACGCGCUCCUGCAGGAGAGCUUCUACCAGAACAAGAAGCGGCCGUUCCUCUACCGCGAUCAGGACCACACGCCCGGCCCGUUCCUCACUCAGCUAGUUUCCACUCUCGCCGCCUUCCUGUGCGGUCGCAACCCGCUGCUGGCUGCCUCCUCCCUCGACUUAAAACCCGAGGUUAACUAUUACUGGCAUCAUGGUGAGGAAGUUGUUGUUCAUGGACAUCGAAAAGGCAGAGUCGAUCCUGUGCGAUUUCAGAUAGAUGAUCACCCACACCUCCAGAUCCGUGUACCAAAGCAACUUCCAGAGGUUGUACCACUAGAGUCAGAUCUUGGGGAUGUUCCUGUUGUUGAUCACAAGCCCUCCAAGUUGCCAUUAUUCAAAAAGCAAUAUGAAAACAAGGUAUUUAUAGGAUCAAAGGUGGCAGAUCCAUGCUGUUAUGGACACACCCAGUUCCAUCUUGUUCCUGAUAAACUAAAAAGGCAGAGGUUCUUGAGAGCAAAUCUUGAGGAUCAGAUUGAAGUUACUUAUCGAGCUAAUGGUAUUACAAGUCUCUUUGCCUGGACAGCAGCACAAGCAAUGUAUCAAGGAUUCUGGAAUGAAGCAGAUGUGACUCGUCCUUUUGUAUCACAGGCAGUAGUGACUGAUGGAAAAUACUUCGCCUUCUUUUGUUACCAGCUAAAUACUUUAGCGCUAACUGUAGAAACUAUUCAAAAUAACCCUCGGAAAAAUAUCUGUUGGGGUACAGACAGUAAGCCGUUAUAUGAUGUUGUGGAAGAUGGUGAUGUGAAAGGCUUUAAUGAUGAAGUUCUGCUUCAGUUGGUUCAGUUUCUGUUAAAUAGACCAAAAGAAUUGUAAAUCAUAAAACAAUAAGAUAUUCCUGUUCGUGCCUGAACUUCAUUGUAACUCCAUGAAGUAUGGCUUAGAACGCGCCUUGUUCUUAGUCAAAUAUUUAUUUAGUGAAAACUAUAUUCAUAUUUUAUGAUCUUUGGUCCUUAUUUCUUAACAUUAAAUACGUGAUAUUGUAUACUGAAAAAUAAAUGUCUAGAAUACUUUA